AAUACAAAAAAGCCGCUUUAUACCGAAUCAUAUGUCGCUUUGCUGUUACUAAUAAUUCCUCCUCUCUCAAUUUCCCCCAAUCCUCCCCGCGAUUUUUUCUAGGGUUUCUUCACACACACAAUUGAUCAAUUUUUGAAUCAAGGGGUGUGAGAAUCAACAAUGAGUUUCCAAGAUCUUGAAAAGGGUCGAUCGGCGGGGAUCCGAAGGGGCGGAAUUGCAAACGGCAAACAAGACCCGACCCAAGCAGUUGCUUCGGGUAUUUUUCAGAUUAAUACAGCUGUUUCUACUUUUCAUAGACUCGUUAAUACUCUUGGCACUCCUAAAGAUACCCCUGAGCUCCGCGAGAAGCUGCACAAGACGCGACUACAUAUUGGGCAGUUGGUAAAGGAUACUUCAGCCAAACUUAAGCAAGCUAGUGAAACUGAUCAUCAUGCAGAAGUCAGUGCCAGUAAAAAGAUUACUGAUGCUAAGCUUGCCAAAGAUUUUCAAGCAGUUUUGAAAGAGUUUCAGAAGGCACAGCGGCUUGCCGCAGAGAGGGAGACUGCAUAUAGUCCUUUUGUUCAACAAGCAGUUCCUCCAUCAAGCUACCAAGAAAGUGAGAUUGAUGAACGUUCAGAUAAGCAUCCAGAACAACGUGCGCUGCUUGUUGAAUCCAGAAGACAGGAAGUUCUGCUGUUGGACAAUGAGAUCUCAUUCAAUGAGGCUAUAAUCGACGAAAGAGAUCAGGGAAUCCAAGAAAUCCAGAAUCAGAUUGGAGAAGUAAAUGAGAUCUUUAAAGAUUUAGCUGUUCUGGUCCAUGAGCAAGGAGUAAUGAUUGAUGAUAUUGGAUCCCAUGUUGAGAAUGCACACGCAGCCACUGCUCAGGGAAAAUCCCAGCUUGUCAAAGCAGCAAAGACCCAGAAAUCAAACUCAUCUCUGACAUGCUUGCUCUUGGUGAUUUUUGCGAUCGUGCUUCUCAUUGUCAUCAUACUACUUGCAGCCUGAUUAAGAGUUUUUAUCUUAUGCCUAAAGAUGACUAGAAACUUCAGAAGUGAUUAAGAAGGGCUGGGCUUAAAAUGAAGAUAAUUCUUUGCUGGUGCUGUGUUUCAUUUUUCCAAGUGGUGGGUGAUGGAAAUUCUACAUUCUGCAUAAAGUUGAAGAUUGAUUGUAAUUAGCAAGUGCUGAUGUUUUCAAGGACCGCCUUUUGUUAUUUCGUUUAUAUAUAUAAAUAUGUCAAUUCUUGGGGUGUGGUAUUUACUGUGGGUGAUUUCAUUUUUCAAUUUGCAAUGUGGAGGGGCAGCCCUUUACUAUACGAAGUUUGUUUUUUCUUUUUCUUUUCAGAAGUUAAGGAUAUUAUUGAUUGCAUUUAAAUUUAGCUUGCCAAACUGUAGUGGUACUAUUGUUUAUUGAAAAAAUUGUUAAUAUACUUUGAUGAACAA